GGUGAUAGGCGGGGACCUGCAUUUAGGGGGCGGAGCCGAGUGCGACAAGAACCUUGACCCGGUGGCGGCCAGGACCGCAAACCUCCUGCGCAUGGCGCGACACGUGUUCCUCACCGGGCCGCCAGGGGUUGGAAAAACCACCUUGAUCCGGAAAGCCAGUGAGCUUCUACAGUCCUCUGGGGUGCCUGUGGAUGGAUUUUACACAGAAGAAGUCAGGCAGGGAGGGAGGAGGACAGGAUUUGAUGUGGUUACCUUAUCCGGUGCCCGGGGACCACUGUCCAGAGUCGGGUCUGAGCCCCAGCCCGGGAAGCGUGACUACCGAGUCGGGCAGUAUGUGGUUGAUCUGACUUCUUUUGAGCAGUUGGCACUUCCUGUCCUGAAGAAUGUUCCAGCGGCGGCCCAGGGCAGAGAGUGUGUGUCAUCGACGAGAUCGGGAAGAUGGAGCUCUUCAGCCAGCCCUUCAUCCUCGCUGUCCGCCAGACACUGUCCUCGCCAGGCACUGUGGUCCUUGGAACAAUCCCAGUCCCCAAAGGGAAACCCCUGGCCCUCGUGGAGGAGAUCAGGAGCAGGCCCGACGUGAAGGUGUUCAGUAAGACAAAGCUACAGAUUUAAGAGGGUGCACGACUCCCAGCAGGAUAAACCCUCAGGAACCUGUGUGAAGACACGACAUAGGUGACCUCAUGAAAAUGGAAGGCAGCGUUUGCAAAGCCACAGCAACCGGCGACCGGUUCAUCGCCCCCAGGGGCGUUCAUCCAGUGUGUUGGAAGGACUCCGCGCCCAGUGGAACGACCCUCGGGAGUGAAGAUGAGACGAAGAGCUCGGGUGCCGUUAGGCCUCCCUUAGGGAUGGCUACGGGAAGCUCUCCCAUCAGAAGGCGCGAGAGAGGGCUCUGGGCACUGGGAGGGGAGGGGCCGUGCAGAGAGGAAAGCUGUGCGUGCGCGCUGUACUUCUUGAACAUUUAAAAUUAGGUUUAACAGUUGAGGCAGAAACGGUAGUGUUAUGUGAUGUGUUAAGAUAGAUGAACAGAAAGAAGGAAGGCUCCUCAGAAGGAAGUGAGGAUCCCCUGGAGAGUCGCUGCUCUUUCUGUUCCCUAGCAAAGCACCACUGAGUCUCUCUAGACAGUUUCACCUGUCAGGAAGCCCCAGAGAGCCCUGUGCGCCACACUCCUCUGCCCAUGGGGGGUGGGGAGGGAACCAGGCACGGGGCAGGUGCUGGCAAGUUGACCUGCGGGGAGGAGACCAAGGCCAGCCGGUUGUCACCCGGAGAGGCCCCUCAGAGAAUGCACACUGAACGCAGGCCCGAAGGCGCAGAGGGAGCAGCCAGGGCACAUGCUGGGGAGGUGACCUACUGUCUUUUGCAGAUUGGGUUCCACAACUCUGAGUGAACUUGCCCAUCGUGUCCCUUCAGAUUUGACUUCUCCCCGAGAGAAGGCACUGAUUUAUAUCCUGCUGCCUCCUCGUCAAGGCCAUAACAUCAGCAGGGUUUUGAACAGCUCUAGGUCUUUUUGAAGCUGGUGGCCUUGUGACGGAUUCAGCCAGUGCUGGGAUGUGGUACGUGUGUUUCUGGCGGCAGUGUGCGGGUGCCAUCUGUUCUUCCAGGCUGCUGGCAGGCUUCUUUCCUGCCUCCUAUCGAGGUUCACAUGAACUGGUGCAGUGCAGUUGUGUGUGCAGCUCAGCUGCGCUCUCCUUUCCUCUCCCUCCUUCCCUCCUCCUCCUCGUUGGUCAUAUCGCAAGUGUGUUUCCCCACCCUGGCUAGCCCAGGUGCUCUACUGCUCUGCAGGGCACAGGUAUGGUGCCAGGUCCUUCCUGUAUUCUGACUCCCAAGUCUUCCAGACCAACACUUGGAAAUGCCUGCUGUGUUUGGGUAAUGACCGUGACCUUUCUAAAGGAGAGAUUGCUCUCACAGAAGUUUGCUCAUAGUUUUAUGUCAUGUCCUCUGGGGCUUAUUGCUCUCCAAAUGUCACCACUGGUAUUUGAUUGAGACUAUGAAAAAAGUUUAUUAUUAUAUUAAUAAUAUAGAGGCAAAUGACAAAGACUUUUGUGGAUCGAUAUUAUAGUUUUCUAAUUAAUAGCAUGAAAACAAUUUUUAUUCCUUUUGGUUACUUCUUACAAAAGUAAAAUACGUGAGUGUGGUCUUCUGAGUGCCAUUUAGAAAGCCAGUUUCUUUUGAUUUCUGGGGUAACACUUCCUGUACUGGAAGCUGGAGAUGCUCUGUGUGGAGCCGUGAGAGAGCCCUGGGGCUGAGGAACAUCUCGGUGGAGCUCCAGGUGGCUCAGUCUUUGAGCACUCCGGGCUGGCUCUGGGCUCAGAGAUGCAGGUGCAUUAGCCUCAGGAGAUAGGCAGUAGCACCUCCAUUUUAUACACGAGACAGUGGAAGUGCAGAGAGGCUGGGAAAUCCGUUCAAGGUCCCUUAAUUAGUUGGGGAAGAGCUGGGAUCCAGACUGUCACGCAGCCAACUCCAAAGUGAGCACCAAUGUGAUCUGCUUUACUGCUGCCUUCACUGGCAGGGUGAUUCUGGUACAUGGCCAUAGCUUAGUUGCUUAGAACUUAUUUCAUUUUUCUACUUCAUAAAAAUAUUAUAUAAUCAGAAUCUAUUACGAGAAUAUGAAUUCAGAGCCGUUUCAACUUGCUUUUUCCAUAAAGUGAUUUUGAUUCUCCAGUUUUCCCUUUUGGAUUGCAAGGCCAUCAGAAGAGUAGGAAGUAGUCCCAACUCCUCUCUGGUUCAGAAGUUUUCAGACAUAUCUUUCUGCUAUGUAUUUUCUUUUUUUACCCACCUCAAGCAGGACCUAAACUCUUUCCAUUUUGCCAAAAGUAUAAUACUGGCCCUGUGCUCCUUUCUUCUGCAGUUUCGGAGCUGGGGUUGUCUGCAACAUCUAGAUCUGAAGUCAUCAGAGUUUCUUUUGUGGAAAUCAAGCACGUGGACAUAAAAGAGGUCCAGCCAAAAUGAUAUGGAAAAAGAAUGGAUGCUAGAGCCUGCCAUUCUCAAUUUAAAAUUUUACUAUAAAAUAUAGAUUGAGACAGGGUAGAUUUGGCAUAAGGGUAGAUGUUUAGACCAUUGGAAUACAGUGGGAGUGGGCGUCCAGAAGUGGAGCCUCAGAUUUGUGAUCAGUGGAUUGGAUUUUCUACAAGGAGGCCUACAUAAUUGAAUAGGGAAAAAAAUUAGUUUUCAGCAUGUAGUAUUGAUGCUACUGCAUAUCUGUACACAAAAGUAUGAAGUUGGGCCCUUCAUACCAUGCAUAAAAAUUAACUCAAAGUGGAUUAUAGAUCUAAAUAUACAAGCCACAGCUGUAAAACUCUCAGCAGAAAAUACAGGAGUCUUUGUGAGCAGCAGUAGGCAAAGCUUUAUUUAAUCCAAUACUCAACACAAAAGUAACCAAAAAAAAUAGAAAUGUUAGAUUCUUUUAAAAAUUAAAACUUGUGUGCUUCAAAGGAUCCUAGGAAGUAAGUUGUUGUGAUUUACAUCUAGAAGUCCCCCAAGAGCCACAUGUGCUCCUAGGUGGUGCUUUUGAAAGUGACUGGAUUAUGGGGCAUUGCAGCUGACUUGCUGUUAGGAGGGGGUUGUGGUCAAAAGAGGUGGUCAGGUUACAGCGGGAGAGAGGUGGGGGGACCCAGAAAGGUAGAUCUCCCUUCCCGGCUUCUCUGUUGACUCUGCUCUCCAGCCACCAUGCCAUGAGCCGCUUUUCCCCUGUUGUGCCCCUGUGCCGUUCCAUCCUGCCUUGUAGUCCAUUGAUUGACGAUGGACUGAAACAUGAGCCAAAUUAAACCUCUCUUUGUAUGCUGUCUCAUUUGAGAAAAUGACUAAGGCAGGUGGAAAAGAGCUCGCGGAAGGAAAGUAUUUGCAGAUCGUACAUCGGAGAGGGCCUUGUGUCCUAGCAUAUGUAAAGAACUCAAAAAACUCAACAGUAAAAUAAAAAAAGUAAACAACAGGCCUGGGGUCUGCAUAGACAUUGCUCCCAAGAAGACACACAAGUGUUGGGAGAGCACAUGAAGGCGUGCGCGGCACAUCACAGUGAGACACUUCACACCCACUGAGGUGGCUGUAAAAAGUACAUGGCAGAAGUGGAAAAUGAUGGGUGUUGGCGAGGAUGUGGAGAAACAGGAUCAAUCAUCACACGCCAUUGGUGGGAACGCGAGCAAUGUAGUCCCUGGAAAACAGCCCAGCAGUUCCUCAAAAAGGUAAUGGGAGUUGCCAUAAAGCAGUUCCACUCCUAGGUAUUUAGCCCACAGCACUGAAAAACACGUCCACAGAGAAACUUGGAUGUGUGUUCGUAAGGGCAUUAUGGAAUACUCCAGAUGUCCACCAGUGGGGAAAUGGGUAGGUAAAAUAAGAUAUAUCCAUCACCACAAGGAAAAGCGGGAAUAACUUGUCAUUACCUUCAUGUGUUUUUGUACGGGCAUUAAUUACAGAGGACACACCGUGGGUCGGGAGGCAAUUCCGGUCUGCACCAUGCGGCUGUCACUUCGCCCGCCUCAGCUUCCCUGUUGCUUUUAAAGGAGUAGUUGGCCUAGCAAGGACCUUGCAGCACUGAGAUUGUCGGUGGGGAGUGGGGAGCGGACUGCCCCAGCCUUUUGGAGCCUCACUGGACGCUGAGCAGCUCACUGUCGCCCGCUGCUCCCUUGGGUCCACAGCCCGUGGUCCUCCUUGCUUCUCUCCGUGUUUCCUUCUUCUCAUUUGAGCUGCAGGGUUGCAGGUCCCUCCUGCCUCUCCAUCUCUGUCCACACCUCACAGCUCAGACUCUCCCCAGGCUGGCCACCAUCAGCACUCAGAGCCACUGUCUGUGGCCGAGCUGUCCCUGCAGAAGCUGACGGUGGGACUUGGUUCUGUGCUGUCUUAGAGAAGCCUGAAGAUCUGGGCUUCCACUGCCUCUCCCAGCCUUCCAGGCUCUUCUUUUAGAUUUCUUGUGCCAGGUGGAAGGAAUUCUGAAGCCAGCUCUCUUGCUUCUUC